GAACUGAAAGUCAGCUUCCCUUCCUCGCAGAAGCAAACCUACAGACAGACAUGGUAGCAUCAGCCAUCUCACCUUCUUCCAAUUUAUCUCUUUCUCUUCCAACCAGAACCAUCUCUUCCGAAGAACCCUGAGAGGACGAUAGUUUCAGCAUUUCCGAGUCAGCAUGCAGAUUCUUCAACAACUGGUUAAUUUUCCAGUUCUGCAAAUUCUGCAGAUUUCCUGCUUGACUAUCUAUUAAAGAUGUGGAGUUACCUCGAAAGAUUGUCAAGAAUGAUUCACUUGAUUCUAAUCUAAGCUAUGGUGCUAUUGAAGCCAAAAGGGGAACCCACCCAUGAUGCCAGCAGUGAUGAUUCCAGGAGGACCUUUGGACCUCUCAAUUGUACUACUGAGAUAUCGCAUAAUCUUGACUGGGCAGCCAGUAACUUCACUGGUUGCUCAGAGAGUUAUAUCACAGCUGAUGACUCUUACAGCUAUUGAUGAGGAUGCAGAUAUCCUGGUGUAUUCAAACUGUCCUGGUGGAAGCCUUUAUUCUGUGUUGGCAAUUUAUGAUUGCAUGUCUUGAUCAAGCCAAAGGUUGGCACAGUUUGUUUUGGAGUAGCUGCAAGCCGUGGAGCACUUCUUCUUGCUGGCAGAGAGAAGGGAAUGUGGUAUGCAAUGCCAAAUGCACAACUUAUGAUAUAUCAACCACAGACUGGGUGUGGGGUAUGAUUCAACUUUAUUUAGUUUUGUUACUUGGGAAUUCUCUCCAAGGAGAAUAAGGACACUUGUGCUUU